AUGGGAGAAGCUGAGUUGGAGCCCCAGCUGAUUCACACUCUGGCUAUCAGCGCAGCGAGACCCUCUAAACAUCUUUCUCUCUCCCCUUCUUACCAGCGCUGUGCAUUCGGCUCCUGGAUCAGGGAGAACAUCUGCAAAAGGGAAUGUUGCUUCUUUGAAAAACAUGUCAGAGAGGAUGUAUGUAACUGUGGUUACUCAAAAAGUGACCAUGUGGAUGAAGCCAUCAAGCCAGAGGACUUCACAGGGGAGACAUGGGACAGACACAGACAUGUUCGCGAAGUGCCUACUGAUGCUUUUGGAGACAUCAACUUUGGUGGUUUGGGACAAAAGACAGGAAAGUAUGUGCGAGUGUCCACAGACACCAGCCCUGAAGUCCUGUACCAUUUACUGACUGAACAGUGGAAACUUUCCAGUCCCAACCUGCUGAUCUCAGUGACCGGAGGAGCCAAGAACUUCUAUCUGAAGGCUCGUCUGAAGAACAUGUUCCACAGAGGUCUUAUCAAAGUGGCCCAGACAACAGGUGCGUGGAUCAUCACUGGUGGUACUCACACAGGUGUGAUGAAGCAUGUAGGGCAGGCUGUGAGGGACUAUGCCCUAAGCAGCAGCUCCAUGCAGGGUCAGAUUGUAGCUAUCGGAGUGGCAACAUGGGGAGUAAUUCACAACAGGGAUACUUUGGUGAAUUCAGAGGGUUGUUUCCCAGCCCACUAUCCAAUGGACAUCAAGGGCCAGAGCCGGCUAUCCUGCCUCGAUAAUAACCACACCCACUUCCUGCUGGUGGAUGAUGGAACCCACGGACGAUAUGGCGUCGAGAUUGAACUGCGUAGCCGUCUGGAGAAAUGCAUCUCCAGGAAGCUUCUUGGAAACAAAGAGAGCGGUGUGACCAUCCCUGUGGUGUGUGUGGUUUUGGAUGGAGGUCCAGGCACUCUGAAUACUAUAUAUAAUGCCAUGCUGAAUGGUACACCGUGUGUGGUCUUGGAGGGCUCUGGGAGAAUAGCAGAUGUGAUUGCCCAGGUCGCAGGAUUGCCAGUGACCAGGGUCACUAUUGUCCUCAUCCACCAGUUGAUGAAGAAGUUCUUUGGUCAAGAGUAUGAAACCUUUGCUGACCUCAAGAUCAUAAAAUGGACCAAGAUGAUUCAGGACAUCAUUAGGAUGCCGCACUUGCUGACAGUAUUCAGAGUAAGCGAGGAUGUUCACGGGGGCGUGGAUGUGGCUAUUCUUCAAGCACUACUCAAAGCUUCAAGGACCAGCGAGUCACUGGGGAUCGAGAGCUGGAAGAGGCAGCUGGAGCUGGCUAUAGCCUGGAACCGAGUGGAUAUAGCUGAGACUGAGAUUUUCACUGAGGAGAGCCAGUGGAAGUCCAGUGACCUCCACUGGGCCAUGUUCUCAGCCCUGGUUGGCAACAGGCCUCGGUUUGUGAGUCUGCUGCUAGAGAACGGCGUGAGUCUGAGGGAUUUCCUGCAUGACGAGGAAACUCUGUGUGAGCUCUACAAACAGCUUCCCAGCGGCUUCUUUCUCAACAAGCUGGCCAAGCGGGUCCACAGCUCUCGCAGCAGGAGGCAAACGUUUGGCAUCAGGCCUCGAGCUCAUUCAGGGCAAGGUGAAAUGAUCUCCAUGACUCAUGUAUGUGAUGAAGUGCGCCACCUGCUGGGCAGCUUCACCCAUCCCCUCUACCCUUCCUCCACCAUGACAUACCACCUCAACAUGACUAUGGAGGAUGCAUCUUCAUCACUGUCUAAAAGUCAGACGGACCCCCAAGCUCCACUCAGGGACAACAGUGCUGAAGCACAGAGGGACCCAGGCAGAGACCUUUUCCUUUGGGCUGUCGUCCAGAAUAACAGGGAGCUGGCUGAAAUCGCCUGGGAGCAGUGUAGAGACUGCAUGUCUGCUGCUCUCGCUGCCAGUAAGAUCCUGAAGAAAAUGGCAGCAGAAGGAAGUGAUGCAGACGAGGCAGAGGACAUGAAAGAGCUCGCCAGUCACUAUGAGAACCACGCCAUUGGUGUGUUCAGCCAGUGCCACAACAGUGAUGAAGAGAGGGCUCGGAAGCUGCUGGUUCGUGCGUCACCGUUUUGGGGAAGGACGACGUGCCUGAGGCUGGCACUGGAGGCUGAUGAUAAAAGCUUUGUAGCUCAGUCUGGUGUUCAGGCUCUUCUGACUCAGAUCUGGUGUGGUGAGCUUUCAGUGGACAACCCUGUGUGGAGGAUGAUGGUCUGCAUGGUUUUUUUCCCUCUUAUCUACACUGGCUUCCUGGUUUUCAGACGUGAUGAAGUCAUCCAGAGAGAAACGGAGAGGAGCGAGGAGAUCAAGACAGUUGAGUCUGUGACAGGAAGUACACUUCGAACAAAUUCUCACAGCCUUGACCCCACCAGGCUGCGGCGCCUGAAGCCUCUGGGCAACUGGUCCAAACUAGUCUGCCUGCACAGCUCUCCGCAGGUGAAGUUUUACUGGAAUAUUGUGUCUUACUUCGCUUUCCUCUUCCUGUUUGCUGUGGUGCUGAUGAUCGACUUCCAGGCUACGCCCUCUGCAGGGGAGCUGCUGCUCUACAUCUGGCUGUUCUCUCUGGUGUGUGAGGAGGUCAGACAGCUGUUUCAUGAUCCUGAUGGCUUUGGGUUUCGUAAGAAAGCCAGGAUGUAUAUCAAUGAUCUGUGGAAUAUUUUAGAUGUUCUGUCCAUCCUCCUGUUUAUUAUUGGCCUUGCAUUUAGGCUGACAUCUAAGUUGUUCUAUGCGGGUAAAGUCCUCCUCUGCAUCGAUUUUGUGGUCUUCUGCCUCCGUCUCAUGGCCAUCUUCACUAUCAGUCGAACUCUGGGACCCAAAAUCAUCAUAGUCAGGAGGAUGAUGAUGGAUAUGUUCUUCUUCAUGUUCCUACUGAGUAUCUGGGUGGUGGCGUACGGCGUGGCCAAACAAGGGAUUCUCAUCCACAAUGACAAUCGGCUGGACUGGAUUGUCCGUGGGGCAGUUUACGAGCCAUACCUCAUCAUAUUUGGGAAUUUUCCCACUAAUAUUGAUUAUACGGCAUUUAACAUAGAUUCCUGCAGCAUGAAUGGCACCGACCCUCUGAAGCCCAAGUGUCCCGUGCUUAAUGAAAACCAAACACCAGCCUUCCCCGAGUGGCUCACCAUCAUUAUGCUUUGUGUUUACUUGCUCUUUGCCAACAUACUGUUGCUCAACCUCCUCAUAGCAAUCUUCAACUUUACGUUCCAGGAAGUGCAGGACAACACGGACAGAAUAUGGAAGUUUCAAAGAUAUGAGCUUAUUAAGGAGUACCACAGCCGCCCAGCUGCUCCUCCACCUUUUAUCAUCUUCAGCCAUCUUUACCUCUUCAUCAGCAAACUGGUGCUGCGCAAUCCUCCCAGUAUAUACAGGGAGUUCAAAAAUAAGCUUCCGCUGACAGAGGAUGAGGAGCUGUUGUCCUGGGAGGCCUUGAUGAAAGACAGAUACCUGCUGUCCACACAGCGAGAGCAGAGCCAGAGCACGGAGCGACGCAUCCUUGACACAGCCCAAAAGGUCACCACCAUAACCGAACGGCUGGACAGGGAAGAGGAGUCGAGCUUUGAUGGCAUGUUGAAAAGAAUGGGUCGACUAGAGGAGCAGGUCAUUCAGUCAACCAGAGCCCUGCAGUGGAUUAUGGAUUAUCUGAAAUCUCAGGGUCUUGCCACAAAAGAAGCACAAUCAAUAUGUCAGGAACCAACUUCCUCAGAUGAGACCGCUGAGACUCUGAGAAAUAUGUCAGAGAACGAGGUUGGUUUCCACGUGAAUGCUCGUCAGUUUCACUAUCCGAACAGCAAGAUCACACGCUUCCCUGUGCCUGAGGAGAAAGUGCCGUGGGAGGUCAGCUUCAGCUCAUAUAUGCCGGAUUAUUAUGAAGACAGUGGGGACCAUGACUUGGAUAAAUACAGAAACCCAGGAGGGCGGACUGGCCUAAGGGGACAAGGUGCACUCAGCCAACUGGGUCCAAAUCUGAAUAUAGACCUUGUUGUUACACGCUGGCGUGACAGCGAGAGAUCUGUUUUGGAGUACCUGGCAGUUUGGGACGAGAGCCAAGGAACCCUGGCUUUACCAGGGGGACCUGUCCAAUCUGCUGAUCAGCUGCCAGUGACGCUUAAGAGAACCAUGGGAAAGACACUGUAUGAAAAGAUAAAUGCAAAAGUAUCAGAGGGAACAAAGGUGUUUGAGGGUUAUGUGGAUGACUGCAGGAACACAGAUAAUGCCUGGGUGCAAACCACUGUGCUUAACAUUCACCUGAGCAGAACAGGCCAGGUGAUGGUAGAUGUCAACAAUAUGAUGGUGAGCAGCCACGGCUCUCUUCAGUGGCAGGAGGUGAGCAGCAAAACAAGACUUGGCUCAAACCAAAGAGACUCUCUGCGGCAGGUUGCUGAGCUGCACAACAGGAAGUUCUGA